AAAAAAAAAAAAAAAACAAAAUAAUGCAAACAAAAUUAAAUUGUGACGGUCGAAUAAAAACAAAGCAAUGUCUUCUUCACUCCAAUUGAACCACAUUAACAUUCUUCAACUUAACCAAUGUGACAGUGAAAAACUACGUUUCCUUUCUCCACCACUGCCACCAUCAGCACAACCAACUUCCACCAAACCGCCUACAACUCCAUCAGCUCUAGAGGACAUAGACAAUGCAAAUCGCAUUGGGAGAAGGCAAAAUGAUAACAAAACGUUGAGCCACCACCAUUGCCGUCAUUGUCACCACAUUCGUGGUGAAAUUCCAUGCAACUCAGAGUGGAGUUGUAAUGGAACCGCCACAAAAGGUUCUAUUUACACUCCACCGCUUUCCGUUUCAGCCCCCAACAAUGGACAACACGACCAAGUGGGCAUUAGCUAUACUACGGGUGAUGCGGAUGUGUAUGGGGGUGCGGAUGAUGGUAGUGCUGGCAGUGGAAGUAUCAACAGCACUUGCAAAGGUAUUUGUUGUGCUGUUGUCGAGUCGGUUCAGUGCGCAUCCGCACUUGUGAACGACACUCACCAUGAUGAUAAUGUAGAUGGCAAAGGCAAAGGCAAUGGGACAUUGACAACUACAGUAGACUCGAAUUUCAAAUGUGUAUCGACUUCGACGACAUCAGUGAGCGGUAAUGGUCGCAUAACAUGCGCAGUUCUGCCCCAACCACGUCCGUUGGAAUGCGUUCAUAGGCGCUGUCGUCGCACCGAACGUCUAGCAACGGCAAUAGCUCCAACAGCAUCAUCGAUCCAGGAGCUAUCACAAACAGACAAGCACAUUGGUAAACACUUGAGCCAGGCCAACAGCAAUAGCACCAGCACAAGCACCAACACGAACACCUAUACCACCAGCACCACUACCAGUUGGGCAUCGACUUCGACGUCGUCGGUUAGUAGUCCACCAUCAGUGCAGGAUUUUGCAAAAAAAUGUCUAACAGCUGAAGAAAAAGCAUCAUCUCCUCCAAAAAGGACUGAAAAUUCCCUGGCUAAAGGUCCAAUUUCUGCCAAUUCGUGUGAUUUUGUGUUAAGUGAACUUUAUUUCAGUCCGUUUGGUGAUAUUUUUUGCUAUAAUUUAGAUCCGUGUCUAGUUUUUGGUGCUGCAGAAACUCUGCAAGCAAUUCUUAGUGAUUCUUUGGGCCAUUUUUGUCAUCCGAAAAGAAUUUUUCUUGUCGCCAGCCAGAGCUCACACUCCCAGUGGGUUGCGUCUUCUUCAUCGUCGUCGUCGUUUUUAUCGUCGUCGGGCGUAUUGACUUCGGGCCACCCCAAUAAUCAAGUUAGUGUUAUUCCAUCUGUGCAAAAGUUUAACUAUCUUAUUCUAAGUGCUUCGAAUCUUAACAAUACCCUUUGGUUUAUUAAUAACGAAUUGGUUAAUAAUUUAAACGAAAAUCUCUACUUUCUUCCAAUACUACCAACACCAUCAUCAUCUUCACCAAUACCAUCAUCGUCAGCUCCACCAACACCACCAAAACCUAAACCAUCAUCAUUACCAUCAUCAUCGUCAUCGACGAAAUCACCAGGAGAAUCUGUAUGCGAAUUCGAAGCAGAAGCAAGAAAUUUUUGCAAAAGCUCUAGGCUUCAAGAGGAGUUAGAGAAGAAGAAGAAGUAUCAACCAGAACAGAGCGACUACAACUACGAUAGCAAAGGAUACAAAUACGGCGGCGGCGACGACAGUGAAAAGGAAAAAGCUAGCGACGAGUCACGUCGUCGACAGCCAACGCUUAUUACUCUUCCAAACGACUACAACGAUAACCAGCACAAUUUCGACGAAAAAGUCAUCACAUCUCCUGCGAGGUGUUAUGCUUAUACACAACAAAAAGCUUCUUCUUCUCAUUCAUUGUUAAAGGUUAGUGAUGUAAAAAAGGAAUUAUUCAACAAAGGCAGCAACAAUAAUAAUGAUAACAAUGACAAUAAACAACAACAACAACAACAAUGUAACGGUAGUAGUAACACUACAACAACACCAACAACAAACCCAUCUUCAAUUCAAAUAACAACAACACCUGUCAACUAUAACAAAAACACUAACCCUAUCAGCAGCCAUCUUGUUGAAGAUAAUGAUGAUAAUAAUGAUGAUGAUGAAGAUGCAUUCCAAGCAAGUCAACGCUUAAAAAGAUUAGAAGAAAACUUCAAAGAUUUGACAGUUUCACGAAAAUCCAAUCUCUGGCAGCCAUCAUUGAUUGCGAAAAAUUCGAAUAAUAACGGUAACGAGUUGUCAUCGUCCAUUGCCGAAAAUCGAUUGACAGCAGCAACAGAACUAACGAGGUCAUUAAUAGCAUUGCAGUCAUCAUCAAGCAUAACUAACAAAAACGAACAACACAAAGAUAAAGAAGACGUCAAGAGCUCAUCAAAAUCAUCAUCGUCGUGCAAUAAUUGUGACAGCAUCAUCAAUCUCUCUCUUUCAUUUAACAAAGAGAAUAAACCAUUACCAAAAAGCUUCUCAACUACCACCACCAAUACUCAAAUAAAGUUUAAAAAUGAUGUAAUUAUAAAUAAUAAUGAAAGCAAUUCUCCUCCAAUACCAGUAGUUAAAAAUAGCUUGUAUUUAAGUGAUAAUAAUAACAAUUUAAAUUUAAUAUCGAAAAGUGACAGCUGUCAUUUUAACAACAACAACAAUAAUAAUAACGAAUCUCAUAUAAGUACUUCUUAUACUUCAUUUGUAAAUAAUAAUAAAAAGAAUAACAGCAACAACUACUGUCGAUUAGGAGAAGAAAAUAAUAAUAAAACAAAAAAGAGUGCUUUAAAUUCGACUUCGAAAAAUAAAAAAGAUAUUUUUUACAUAAGUCGACCAGUGCCAUCGAUAUCCGAAUUCGAUGUUCGAAAUUUAAAUUAUCGCAAUAAAUCAAAUCAAUUUUCUGACGAUUCAGUGACAUUUGAGUGUUACGACGAAUUACUUGACGAAGAAGAACAAAACGAACAGAACGACGAACAAAUAGAAGAAAAUAAAUUGCGAUCGCGUUCAAUUUUAUUAGGUGUUUCUGAAUUUGUCGACAAUUGUUGUACAAGUGAUGAUGAUGAACGUGAACGUGAUGGUGAAAAUAACAACGAAAACGCAUGUGAAUGUAAUUUUUGUCAAAAGUUCCGUUUGAUUAAAUCUACGAAGCAAGUGAAAAAUCAAAAAAAUCCUUUUAACUUUAACAACACUCAUUCCCAACAACAACAAUCUUCUUCUUCUUUAAUUGAAUUUCGAACAUCAUCCUCAGUGACAGAUCGAUUACAAACGGAUAAUAAUUUCGAUAUCGAAAUGCGUGAAUUAAACGGUCAGUUGCGUGGUUUGCUUAAAAAACCAAAUCGACCGCCACCAGCUCGUAAAAAUCGUGUCGUGUUCGAUGAGACGCGCAAUGAAUUUUUCGAAGCCGAUUAUAUUAUUUUAAUACGUGAGGAUUGCGCGUACGACGAGGAGGACGAGGAGCCAUGCACAUGCGGCGAACAUGAAUUGGUGCGGCUUUGCUGUGAAGAGGGCUGUCAGUGUAAUUAUACAAAUGAGGACACUCGGACACCUCAGAGUCCGAAAUUUGCACCGCCAAUUGAUUUUGUAGACGAAGCAGCACUAAGUCCACCCGACGGCUACAAAGACAAUGGGUUGAAGAAUUCGCUUGGCGGUGCCCUAAGUGGGCACAUAUUCGGUGCACAGCAUAUUCAGCAAUUGCAAGUUAUUCAACGCUUACAACAGCAACGUGCCGCAAUGCUGGCGGCAAGAAAUAACAAUCCAACAUCACAGUCUCCAAUCCCACCCUUGGCAGCGACAGCAACACCAGCAACAACAGCAGCAGCAGUUGCAGCCGCCGGCCAACAACAACCCCAAGGACCAGUAGUUGCUGCUGCUGCUACAGUUGCUGCUGCACAUCCAUUACCAACACAUGUACCAGCCGGAGUUGCCAUACAACCCCAACCGUCACCGCAGCCCCAAUUGCAACCACAUUCGCCAGAUGAUGAUUCCCUACCCGUAUGCACCGAAUGUGCCGAAUGUGUUGAGUGUGCAGCUAAACAAUUGCAGGACAAAGAAUGCACCUCUCCACAAUGCCAAGAAGAAGUCGCACAGCUUAGUGUACCAACGGUGGCGUUAGUGCCAUUGCACAGUAACUCACCUGAAAGACGAAUUACACAAAAAGAAAUUAUUGCAGGUGAAGAACGUCCCAAAUAUGUGCUCCAAGCUCAAUAUAAGCCCGUUUCUGAUGAAAAGGAUAAAAAAAUUAUAUCUGUUCAUAAGAAUCAAAGAUUUGUUGUUGAAACUAUAACAAUGACUACAGUCACAGAAAGACGAAUCGUGCGGGAAGCCACCGAAGACAUAACGACCACAUCGACAGCACCCGUAAGUCUCCAGACGGCAGAAGUUACAGCGCCAUCUAUCAUCACCUCCGCUGCUGCCGCUGCCAAUGCCACCGCCGGUAUUAUUGCUGCACCAGUUGCAGCCUCAGCACUAGCACCAUCAUCAGCAACAGCAGGUAAUACAACAACAACAACAACAACACAUCCAGCCAUAAAUAGUGUGAGUGAAUCUACCGAACUAAUCCAGGAGCCAAAGCCACCGAUUCCACCAAAGGAGUCCUCCCCAACACAGAUAAGUGGCAUCCUGAAGGGUGGCAAACUAUGGAAGCAGGAAUCUAUAAGUCAGUCCGAUGACAUGAAUACCUCCUCCGAAGACGAUGCAAAUGCCAAAAGAUCUGUUCGCUUUGUAACAGAAGAUGCUUUAGCCACUUCUCGUGAUGGUGAUGGCCAAGCAGCUCCCGACAGUCCCGAACACGAUAGCCAAAUAAAUGAGUUAAUUCCUAUAAAGAAGCAUUCAACAUUGUUCACAAAUGCUCUACGACCAAAUUCAGCUGUGCGCCAACUCUUCCCAAGUUCUGUGCAUCAGACAUCGUCAAUGUUGACACAUGAGGCUCUGCGAGCUUUUGAUGAAUCGAAACGUGCCGGAAAUUUACUUCCCAAUAUGGUUGGUGGAAAUCCCGGUGACACAGAUUCUGUACGUCGAAGUAUAGAGAGAAAUAUCCUAAGGAGGUCAUUGAUUAAGAAAAAGGCAAUCAAAUCAGACAUUUCUUUAGAAGAACGUAUCAAACAAUUGACAUGUGACAUUGAUGAAUCGAACGAGGAUCCAGGUCAAGAUUCGAACGAUGAAAAUGGCAAAAUGAAUUUAUAUAAUGGCGAACCAACAGCCCAUCGGGAUAGUCCAACUGGCGAAGAAAAUCCAAAUCAAAAAUAUUCCAACGAUAAAAGCUUCUCACCAAGUUCUUCGGUUUCUAGCUCUUCCAGUGGCUCAUCAUCGGCAUAUAAGAAAAUUUCUGAUAUAUUCAAUAGGGAUAAGAAACAGGAGAAGAUAAUGGAGAUGGAAGAGAAUCCCAUAGUCAUUAUACCUCAGGUAAAGGAAUGUCGUUGCCCAGCAGCUCCCGAUUUGGGUAUGGGAAUUCAAGUUCCUGUAGUGCAUACACAAAUUCAUCGAACUCCACCACGCCAAACAGAACCAAAGCGACAAUUUUUGUCAACACUCGCUCCGCUUACCGCCUGCGUUGCUGGUCAAAAAGAUGACCUUUCCUCCUAUUACACCUUGGCAGCUGGCGAAGGUCACUCGCCAGCUAAUACCCAUUUUGCUCAAUACAACAUGAGUGACAUGGAGCCGAUAUUGUGCAACGACGAAAUGAGAAAAGUUGCUCCUGAUGUUAUUGCCGGUACUCCUGGUCAGGAACAAGAUGAGCUAGCUGCCUUUGUUCAGCAAGAAUCGAAUCGCACUGAUAAAAUCAAAAAACGCUAUACCAACGAAACCUCCAAUGCAAGCUCAGACGAUGACGAGCAAAAUGACUAUGGCUUUAAUAAGAGACCAUCUGUGCGUGGCAUCAAGCCAAAGUUCAGUUCGACCAAUGAGAUUUUGCAACAAAUGCAAGAUCAGCUUACCAAAACUAUGCCAAGCUUACAGAGUAACACAUCUAUUAAAUCCUAUACAUUGCCAAAACAAGCUUCGAGCAGCUCAAUAAAUAAGCAGAUUCAAAAUGUCCAGCCACAGAACCAACAACAGCAGCAGCAGCAACAGCAACAACAACAACAACAACAGCAGCAGCAGCAACAGAUUCCAGCUGCUACCGCUAUUUCACAACAGCAAACCGAACGCACUUGGAGUUUCUAUGGCGAUCCAGAGCAACAGCGUAUUCCCAUGGAUCCAAAUAUGCAUCCAGGCUACUACCACACAAUGCCAACAGUAUUCCAACAAACAUUCCAAGGACAAGAAGAGACUCUUAUGUAUCAGAAUUGUGUCACAAUGGAACAAUAUGGACGUUAUGCUAGAAGUCCUACUCGUCGCCCAGAAUCACCGCCACCGCUAAGAAACUAUCAUCAAACAAUGGUGCUGAUACCGUGCAAUGCUGAAACUUACUCGCAGUUUGCUGCCACAAGUGUUGAUCCAAAAGUUGCUCAGAUUCAGAGGCAGAAUAUUCUAGAAUAUCAACAGGUUACUCAACAAACUAUAAGGGUCCCCAUCAGUUAUGCAUUACCAGCUAUGCAACUGCAUGUGGUUGCUGGACGUGGUCAUACUACUCAACAAUAUGUUCAGCAUCAACAACAGCACUUACCAUCGCAACAGCAACCUCAGCAGCGUGUGCUAGCUCCAAGAUAUAGUAUGCCACAAGAUGGCACUAUGGGCUUUAGUGAAAGAGGUGUUCCCGAAGGUGCUGCAGCUGUUUCACAUACUGACUGUAAAGGUAUUAUCUCGCCAACAUCCCAAGCAAACCAACAGCCACAACAACAACAUCAGCAACAACAACAGCAGCAGCAACAACAACAAAUGCCCAACUGCAACCAGACAACGGUUACCUCUACAGGUCCACCAGGAUCUGUGUUUUAUGCAAUGAAUGUAUGACCCGGUGGGGACUAGUCGUCCCAACGAUCUAGCUAACCCAAACAAAAGUGAGAAAACCAAAUUUAAAUUUAUAUAAAAAUUAAAAAACAAAAAAAAACACAGAAAUUAUGUACUUUUAAAUGAAUAGCGUUAAAAUUUAAUAAGAACUUAAAAAUAGUUGUUAGUAAGACCCUUACUUAAAAAAAAAUUAAAUAAAUAAAAAAAUAUGCAAGAAAAAAACGGGUAUGAUUAUCGUAAUGUUAAAGAAAAAAACAAACAAAAGUCCUUGAAGGAACAAUAAACCAAGAAUUCCACUAAAUAGCACCACCACUGUUAGCUUUUUGAUGCUUAUCUUUUAGUCAAUUCCACUAAAUCGAAGAUGUUUAUCGUUGAUCCAACUAAAAUCGAAGACCAUGUUGACAUACUCACCAGAAGGGCAUACAGUGGGGUGAUUGAAAAGUUUUUUUGACACCAAACAGUAAUUAAGUUUUUUUGUUUGUAUAACUUUUGAAAAAAAAAAAAACUAAAAUAACGGGUUUGAUUUUGACAACGCAAUGUUGGUGCAUUACAAUAUGAGAUUCCAUUGAUACAAUUUAUUGUUACAAAAAAAAAAAACAUACAAACAUUUAUAUAUUUUUUG